GAAUGGAAGUGCUCCCGGUGACAAUUAUUGGUUAAGAUCAAAAGAAAGGACAUUGCAGUGCCAAAUUAAAGAUAAAGAACAAAACCAGUGGAAUGACAAUACGUACCUGUGUUGGAAACGAAAGAGAAUGGAAGGUGACGAUCUCUGGUAUCAUUGGUUUAAGCGAAACGAAGUCGCGUCUGUGCUACGUAUGUCGGCGUCCAGGACAUUUGGUUCGGUUUUGCCUGUCGCAACCCGUGGAAAUAAAAGAUCAGAGAAUGCAUCAGAAAAUAACCCAAAUAAAAGAAAGGAAAAAGGGAUAUAG